UCAGUGUUCACUUAAAGGAACUUCUGUGUAUCUUUUAAUAUAUUCAGUAAUCCUCUGAUUAUUUGUUUCACAGGUUGAUAUUUUUGUAUAUUAGAUUUUUGAGAAGAGGAGUACUCCCUUAUGUUGGGAAUACAAGAAAUGACUUAGAGGCCUUACAAAUACAUCUGUGCAUUCUUGCUUCAGACGUUACAAUUGAGGGCCAGCGCAGUCUGGAAGCACCUCUUAUUAAUGUUACAAGGAAGCCACUACCUCAACAAACAAAAGGAAAGGAGGAGAAGACUUAUAAUAACAAAUGCCAUUUUUAAAAAAAAACUUGGUUUCAGAAAAUACUAAAGGAAAUUUGGAAAUUUUUCACAUUGAGAAGAAGCUUUACAGGUAAAUGGAUUUGGCAGGCAGGCUCUGUCAAAAUUCUGCAGAGGUUUGAUCUCCCUUCUUAAGGACUUAGUGUGAAGUAAUUCUGUACUGCUUUUUAAAUUGCUGUUGAUCAGCUUGUGGGUUUUUGGGUUCUAACUUUUCUGGUAUAUUAAAGAUACAUUAUAUUACAUUAUAUUACAUUUUUUAAAGUUAAGUUAUUUUUCUGCGAUUGUAAAUACACGUAUCAAAAUAUUCUUGCAAAGCAGUUAUAAGUAAACAUUUUUCUUAGCAAGCGUAUCUUUUUAUUAAGAGAGUGGAAUGCUAACAGUUCUUAUGCAGCAUUUUGGAGACACUUUUUAUUUUUUGUCAGAGGUCCUGCCUACACUGAAAAUAUUAAUUAUAUAAACCUUUGUCCUUCUCACGUCUACAUUGGAUCACAUGGUCAUCUGCCUCAUGGAAAUGCCUUUUUUAAAACUUAGAUUUGCAGAACUCCAUUAUUUUUAUACCUAGCUACCAUUUGGGGGAGAAAAAGAGUCAGAACCCUGACCCUCUCACGGUCACUGGGACACUUCGCCCUCCCGCAUGUAUUGCUGCAGUGCCCAGGACAGUAAAAUGGACUAUAAGCGGCGCUUCCUGCUUGGCGGGUCCAAGCAGAAGGUGCAGCAGCACCAGCAGUACCCGAUGCCUGAACUGGGCCGAGCACUGAGUGCUCCCCUGGCAUCCACGGCCACUACUGCCCCCCUGGGCAGUCUGACUGCUGCAGGCAGCUGCCACCAUGCCAUGCCCCACUCCACUCCCAUUGCUGACAUCCAGCAGGGCAUCUCCAAGUACCUGGACGCCCUCAACGUCUUCUGCCGUGCCAGUACUUUCCUUACAGAUCUCUUCAGCACUGUGUUCAGGAACUCGCACUACUCCAAGGCAGCCAUGCAGCUCAAAGAUGUGCAGGAGCACGUCAUGGAAGCAGCUAGUCGGCUGACUUCAGCCAUAAAGCCUGAGAUCGCCAAGAUGCUGAUGGAACUUAGUGCUGGGGCUGCAAACUUUACAGAUCAGAAGGAAUUCAGUCUCCAGGACAUUGAGGGAUGUGAGAAAGACGAAUUAUUCAGUGAGACUGAGCAGAGAAUGAACUGCAGUGAGACAUUGUGUGUGUUGAAUGAAAAUCACAAGGUUUUGGGACGAUGUUUCUUGACAGUGGUGCAGGUCCAUUUCCAGUUUUUGACACAGGCAUUACAGAAGGUCCAGCCGGUGGCUCACUCUUGCUUUGCCGAGGUUGUUGUCCCGGAAAAAAAGAAUAGCAGCAGUGGCAGCGGCUUAUCUGGCAUGGGCCCCACACCCGAACUGGAGGAAGCUGUGCGAUCCUGGCGGGGGGCUGCUGAGGCAACAUCUAGACUAAGAGAAAGAGGCUGUGAUGGCCGCCUGGCAGGAAUUGAAGUUCAACAGCUCUUCUGUUCUCAAAGUGCAGCAAUUCCUGAGCACCAGCUAAAAGAACUGAACAUAAAAAUCGACAGUGCUUUACAAGCAUAUAAAAUCGCUCUGGAAAGCUUAGGCCACUGUGAAUAUGCAAUGAAAGCUGGUUUCCACCUGAAUCCAAAGGCGAUUGAAGCCAGUUUACAGGGCUGCUGCAGCGAGGCGGAAGCGCAGCAGACAGGGCGGAGGCAGACGCCUCCGCAGCCCAUGCAGUGCGAGCUUCCCACCGUCCCUGUGCAGAUAGGAUCACACUUCCUGAAGGGUGUCUCCUUCAAUGAGUCGGCCGCCGACAAUCUGAAACUUAAGACGCAUGCGAUGUUACAGCUGAUCAAGGAGGCAGGCUGCUAUAAUGGAAUCACAGCCAGGGACGAUUUUCCUGUGACUGAAGUAUUGAACCAGGUGUGCCCAUCCACAUGGCGGGGUGCCUGCAAGACGGCCGUGCAGCUGCUGUUUGGCCAAGCUGGACUGGUGGUAGUUGACACGGCACAGAUUGAAAAUAAAGAAGCCUAUGCACCCCAAAUCAGUUUAGAAGGCUCCAGAAUUGUGGUUCAAGUCCCGUCCACAUGGUGCCUGAAGGAAGACCCUGCCACCAUGUCCCUGCUGCAGAGAAGCCUCGAUCCGGAGAAGACCCUGGGUCUGGUGGACGUGCUCUACACGGCUGUGCUGGACCUCAGCCGCUGGAGGGCUGGGAGGGAACAAGCUUUACCCUGCAUACAGAUCCAGCUUCAAAGGGAGAUCUGUGAUUUUGGGAAUCAGUCUGACUUGCCUUCCGGAAAUGGAAACAAAUCUUCAGGUGGCCUGCAGAAGACAUUUUCCAAACUGACAUCCCGGUUCACCAAGAAAGCUUCAUGUACCAGCUCUAGCAGCAGCACAAAUUAUUCCAUCCCAAAUACCCCUUCCAAAAACAUCUUCAUAGCUGGGUGUUCAGAAGACAAGGCCAAAAUGCCCAGUAAUAUUGAUUCAAGAUUACAAAGCAUUUUGAACAUUGGUAAUUUCCCUAGGACUACGGACCCUUCACAGUCAGUUCAGAAUUCCAGUAACCAGAUGGCCAAUGGUUUUCUCAUGGAGAGGCGUGACAACUUCCUGCAAGGGGAUGAUGGCAAGGACGAGAAGGGUAUGAACUUACCAACGGAUCAGGAAAUGCAGGAGGUGAUAGAUUUUCUCUCAGGCUUUAACAUGGGCCAGUCACAUCAGGGCUCCCCAUUGCUGACGAGGCGUAAUUCUGCUGCCACAGCUAUGGUGACUGAGCAGAAGGCAGGAACCAUGCAGCCACAGCAGCCACCACUGCCAGUGCCCCCUCCACCGCGGCCACCCCAGGCUGGGGCACACACAUCUUUGACACCCCAGCCGGGCCUGGCACCUCAGCAGCAGUCCCCAAAGCAACAACAACCCCAGGUCCAAUACUACCAACAUCUGCUCCAACCCAUUGGACCACAGCAGCCCCCGCCCCAGCCUCGGGCCCCUGGGAAAUGGGUACAUGGCUCAUCCCAGCAGUCAGCUCAGCCCGUUGGAGCGGGUCUGUCUCCUCUUGGCCAAUGGCCCGGCAUAUCUGAUCUCAGUUCUGACUUAUACAGCUUGGGUCUGGUGAGCAGCUAUAUGGAUAAUGUGAUGUCUGAGGUUUUGGGGCAGAAGCCGCAGGGACCGAGAAAUAACACCUGGCCAAACCGUGACCAAAGCGAUGGAGUCUUUGGGAUGUUGGGAGAGAUUCUGCCUUUUGAUCCUGCAGUGGGUUCAGACCCCGAGUUUGCACGCUAUGUGGCUGGAGUGAGCCAGGCAAUGCAGCAGAAGCGGCAAGUCCAGCACGGUCGCCGCCCAGGCAACCCCCGGGGCCACUGGCCACCCAUGGACGAUGCCCAUCGGACCUGGCCUUUCCCAGAGUUCUUCACAGAAGGAGAUGGACUACUCAGCAGCUGGUCAGGUGCUCAGGGAGACUCGGCCAGCUCAAGUGAUGAGACAUCCUCCGCCAAUGGGGACAGCUUGUUCUCCAUGUUUUCAGGGCCUGACCUCGUUGCUGCUGUCAAGCAGAGAAGGAAACACAGCAGUGGAGAGCAGGAGACCAGCACGCUGCCCUCACCGCCUCUUCUUACCACAGUGGAGGACGUGAACCAGGAUAACAAAACCAAAACGUGGCCACCUAAAGCACCCUGGCAACACCCUUCCCCGCUGCCCAGCACACUGCCCAGCCCAAGCACACCGCUCUAUGCAGUCACCAGCCCCGGCAGCCAGUGGAACGACACCAUGCAAAUGCUGCAGUCCCCAGUGUGGGCUGCGACCAGCGAUUGCAGCGCUGCCUCCUUCACCUACGUGCAGACCCCGCCGCCGCCCCCACCCCCACCAGCACACAAGGCAGCACCCAAGGGCUUCAAGGCCUUCCCUGGGAAGGCUGAGCGCAGGCCUGCCUACUUGCCCCAGUAUUGACCCAGGGCCAGCCUGCCUGCCUGCCCAGAGCUGUUGGGGCCAGUGUCCCCACCCCAGGGCUGACUAGCUGGCACCAGCCCCCAGAGGACCAGUGCACCCCUGUCCCAGGCAGGGAUCCUGGGGGAUGGGGCUGGUUGGCAGCUCCAAGCCUUUAAGGCCUGGCUUCUCAAACUUUGGAGGCAUCACACCCCUGGAGGGCCAGCUGAAGAUGGAGGUUUCUGACCCUCCUCAGGGAGAUGCUGGGGGAUCUUCGAGCUUAAUAAGCACCUCCGGUAACUCUGAUGCGGGUGAGCCACAGGCCAUACUUUAAGAAACACAGCUCUCAAGUUUGUAGUCCCACUGUGUGUUGGGAAGGCAUCAGGCCUGAAGGCUGAGAGCAAAACUGACCAUUCUUCUGAGACCCUCCCCUUCCCCCUCCUUAACAUGUUGAGUGAUGACCACACCAAUCACUGUAUUUUAUAGCUAUUUUUCAUAUAGGUUUUUAGUUAAAACAUCUCCUGCCUAAAAUGAAUUGAAUAUUUUAAGAUAAGAAAUACAGCGGCUGGAGGUUUGUUCAACACUAUCUUUAUUUAAGCUUAUACAAAAUGGGCAAAAUAUAGAAUAUCUGUGAUCAGAAGCAAUCACCUGGGUUUUCUGUGGGUGGGCAGCCCCUUGCCACCCCAGCAGCACCCAAGGUGCAACCUUUAUGGGAUUUACAAAAGCAGGAUCGUAAAACUGAUGUUGGAGGCAUAUUCCUGAUGGUGCGUGGAGAUGAGCCAGCUGGCUGCUGUCCAUGUGUGGGAUGAAGUUACACCUGCUGCCCUCAGAUCCUUCCACACGUGGCCAGAGGCUGCGACAGUCUCAGAACGUGGGGGUGUGGUCAAGGGACUGCAUAGAGACACCUGCACUUGAAAUUGCAGUAACAUUUGUGAGCUGGCUCGAGACAAACCAAUUAAGAUGUAGAUAGGAAUUAAUUUAAAGUCUUUUCUUUUAAAAACAAAACAAAACAACAAAAAAAAUCACCUCAUUUUCAGUUAACAUGUGCCAUUAAAUAUAUAACCUCCUGUGGAUUUAGGGAUAUUUUCCAGCCAGAAUGGAUCCAGAAGAAUUGAAUGGUGCUUAAAUUGAGAAAUAAUAAAUAUAUCUAUAUAGACUAGACAUAUCCCACUGUAUAUUAAUUGAGGUUACAGAAGUUCUUUAUAUAAAACUUAUUUAAAUUUUUCAUAUGUCAUCUUUUGAAAAGUCUAAUUGAGAAAAAUCCAUAAUAUUUUCUGGUAUGAAAGUUUGACAGUAUUAAUAUUUUUUUUAUAUUUUCUUAAAUCAUUAAACCAUUUUAAUAUAUGUUAACUACUAAUAAAUGGUUUAUUCUUUCUAACUCCAUGUAAGCUUUUCCAGCAAAGAUUGUAAUAACACAUUUAUGUUCUCAUUUUUCUACAGAUAUAAGUAAAUUUAUAUUUAAAAAUACCAAAAAGAAAAUAUAUAUAUAUAUAUGUAUGUAUACACACUAAUUAUAGAGGACCCUUAGGGUGUCUGAGCCCAGCCAUCUGAAUUUUUAGUACUGUGUUGCCAGGCUGUUUCCGGGCCUCAGGUGUUGUCUUUUGUGGUGUGUGGGGAUGCCAUUGCUUCCUGUACUUAUGAUCCUUUCACCGUGGGUUCUGAACAUUCACCUCACCAUGUUUACAGAGAACUAUUUUGUACAUAGACUUUUUCAGGCACGUGCUUUGCACCAACCUUGCGUGGCCCUUGUCUGUAUUAGCUGUCACAGUGUGUGCACUAAUCUCUGUUGAAGUUGUUUGUGGCUGUUUUACUUGUAAGAUAGUUUUCUAUUUCCUUCAGUAACGUGUCCACAGUACCCUGUAUUUCAAGUUCUAUUAUACUGAAGUCCUCUUGUUUUAAUAGUGCCUCCCCAAAGACCUCACCCUGGAGAGAGGUCAGUCCUUGAUGCCCCAGCGCAAGUGACAUUGACAUCGCUAAUUGUUACUUUCCAGUCUGUUUUUCUCACUUAAGGAAGACAUUUUGUAAUUGGAUCUCCAUGGGCUGUGAGACUGUGUGAAGCUGUUUGUGUGGUCUCCUUGUAGGUGCUGUGUUCUCAGCACCGCCUUGCUCUGAACACUGGUAAUUCCAGGUGCUGCGCUCGGCAGAGGGGUCUCGCCAAAGCGCAUGUGUGUGAGUGUGUGUGUCCUUUGCAUGGCCGGGCGGGGCUGCCUUGCUCGGGCAUCAGCAGGACAUGGUGUGAAUAGUUACAACGCUUCCAAACUGGAACUCUACAUUUUGUAUCUUACUUUUAAAGCUCCUAUAAGUAAAAUAACUAUUGGCUUUAUUAAAAGUAUACAUUUAAUAAUA